UCGUCUCCUACUCUCCUUAAGGACCCCUCCGUCUCCUCCAGAUCUCCCAUUCACACACACACUCUCACGCGCACAAAAGACCGAAGCGCGCAAGGCAGCAAGCAAAGCCUCCGCCCAUGGCGCCUCUCCUCCUGCUCUUCCUCCUCGGGGGCCUCUGCGCCCUCUUUUCCCUCACCUCCUCGUCGCGGUCCAGCAGCAAGAAGUGCGACGACGGCGGCAGCCACGGCAAAAGCAAUGGCAAGUGCGGCGACAACGGCGAGUCAAGAGCCAAGAACGGCGACGAGCGGGAGGAGACGCAGGGGAAAGCGCGGCCCGGCCCGGAGGCGGACCUGGGCAUCGUGUUCUCGACGUUCGACCACGACGGCGACGGGUUCAUCACGGCGCGGGAGCUGGAGGAGUCGCUGCGGCGGCUCGGCUUCGCCGUGUCCGCCGACGAGGCCGCGGCCAUGGUGGUCCGCGUUGACGCCAACGGCGACGGGCUCAUCGACAUCCACGAGUUCCGCGAGCUCUACGACUCCAUACCCAAGAAGAGGAAGCAGCAGCAGCCCGCUGAGGCGGAGAAGUUUGCCGCCGGCGAUGGCGGCAGCUCAGCGGUGGUGGAGGAGGAAGAAGCCGAGGAGGAGGAAGAGAGGGACCUGCGGGAGGCGUUCGACGUGUUUGACGGCAACAAGGACGGGCUCAUCUCCGCCGAGGAGCUCGGGACCGUGCUGGGCUCGCUCGGCCUGCGCCAGCACGGCGCAGGCCGGCCGGCCGUCGCCGAGUGCCGCGACAUGAUACGCCUCGUCGACAGCGACGGCGACGGUAUGGUCAGCUUCGAGGAGUUCAAGCGCAUGAUGACCGUCGUCAAGGCAUAGUUCCUCCUCCUCACAGAUCAAGCACGGAUCAAAAAGCAAACUUGGAGCGGAUUUGCAAAGGCAAGUGACGUUAAUUUGUUCUUGGAUUGGAAUAGAUGCAUUGGGUUGGUAGCAGAACUGCAGAAGCAACCAAUUAACACCAAGACCUCGUAUUUGUUUAUGGGGAGUUAAAGCUAAAAAUAGCUUCCUGCCAGGUGUUUCUCCCCUGUUCUUCAAUCUUGACCACUUCCUUUCUUUCGUUCCUUUUUUUCUCCCCUUUUACAGUCUAAUUAUUUCCUACUUUUUAGUUCUUGUUACUGUUUUGACUGAUAAGUACCAGACAUGUAUGUAAAUAUUAGUUCUUGCUCGCUGUCAGGUUAAUUUGUCGGAAAAGAACAAUGGAUGAAUGGACAUGACUUGUUAA